AUGUACUAUUGUACAGAGCCGUUAUACGACUGUCAAGAUCAAGACAUUCUGAUUCACUACUACAACACUACAGAAGAUGGCCUUGAACAGUGUAGCUUUGACAGAAGGAGACGCAUUGCAUCCCGUAUCUACUUGGGUGCUGCAGUGUUCAAUGCCUUCUUUGUCAUUGUGACCACAGUGAUAUUCAUCUAUUGUGCUGCUGGACCAACAACCGUUGUUUGCAAUGACGACUUGUCCCCCAAUGAGCUUCGAAAAAUACGGAAGCGUCAGUCCAUUAAGAAGCGGUCAGUCUCAGCAACGACACUGGGUGCCUUUGGCCAUCUCGUGUUCAGUACCUGCAUGUUCCUCACGCAAGCAUUUAACAAUGAUGUGGGCUGUCAAUUGGUGCUGUGGGGUGUUGUUUGCGGAUUCUAUACUUGGAUCUUUGCUUUCACAGUAAGAGCUUAUCGUCUGCGAUACUUGUUUCGAUUCAAUCAGCUGAAGGUCAAGUACCUGCGGAUGACGACUGCAGAGAGAUUGACAUGCAUCAAUGAUGCUGAUUAUCAGUGGUAUCUCAAGAGAACUCGAAAAAAUAAGUACCUUAUGGUGUGGCCCUACUGCAUCUAUCUGUUGUCCGUACUUGUCAUCCUGAUAAUCACAAUUCCAUCUGAAUUGACGGCCAUGCAGGCGUACGGCGUGUGUUAUGUCCGAUGGGGCUCUACGUUAUUGGUGACAUUGUAUGGUUUCUUUAUCGCUAUCAUGGUUCCCUUCAUGCUGUGGUAUCUCAGAAACAACUCGGACUCGCAUGGCAUUCGCACAGAAUUAUGGGUGGAUGCCUUUGUGGGGAUACCCUUCUUCGUAUUGUAUCUCGUGUGGUUUGUACUCAACGCUUACGAUUAUGAAGCACUUUCCAUCUAUGUCAGCAAGUCAUUUGGGCCAGCCAACUGGGUCAUCCUUUUCACCAUCACUGCCCACUUUUGCUCUGUUGUGUUCCCCAUUGUUGUCUACAUCCUUAUGGAAAACAAGUGUUGGAUUCGAUGCCAGUGCAAGUACAGAAAGACAAUGUGUAGGCUACAGCGGUUACUGCACUGUGAAUCAUUAACGAAACAAAUGGACAGGGAGGAAGCCAUGACAGCUGCGUCGAUUAUACCCGAACUCUCUAUGGAAUCACUGGAGCGAACGCUGGCUAAUCCAGAAAUGAUGCAUCAACUGCAAGACUUGGCUAUCCGUGAUUUCAGCUCUGAAAAUGUGAUAUUUUACGAAAAGUACCUUAAAUUAGAAGAGAAGUUCAAGAAUGAAUUUGUGCUACAUAUGGACAAUCCAAACCACAGCAGCUCUUCCAAGAACUGGAUAAACUCCUUGGCUAAAAAGUCGCCUACGAUACCACUUAUUGCGCACAUGUCAACGCCUCUCGUUCACAACGGUAAUAAAGAAGACAGCGAUGAUGCCUCUGAAAAGGAGGACGAUAACUUUGCCAACAACAAGAACCAAGUGAUGUAUCACAAAUUCAUGUCGAUUCCUAUUCCCUACAAACUGUACCCUGAUGUCAUUCGACUGUACGAAGUUUUCAUCAAGGAAGACGCACCUAUUCAAGUCAAUAUUUCGUUCAGGGCAAGACAUACCAUUGAUGAAGCCUUCCAUGUAUUAUACCAAAGGCACCCAGAAUUGCGGCCCAAAGAGGGAAACAUCACCACUUAUGCAAAUACUAACUCUUUCUACCUGAAUGAUGAGGAAGAUGUUGACGACGAAGAAGGGCUGGGUAUCACAGUCGAAAAACCAAGUGGAGACCGUAUUCAGGUGUCCCAUCAUAUCCACAUGGAUCCACCCGUUGAACUGAAUUUCUACAUGUUUGAACCAGCGCGUAUUGAAGUAUGCUGGAACAUAUUUAACAGCGUAUAUCCAAAGCUUGUAGAAAUGUAUAAUAGUACCGAUCUUUCUCUGACAACCUAA